AUGGGCGAGUGGUGUGCUGGCUGCACCUGGGCCCAGGACUGCAAGCAGUUUGGGCGCAGGGCUUCGGUGCCCUGGAGGGGAGAGGAGAGGUGGGGCGGGCGGUGGCCGUGGGUCACUGGGCCUCUCCCUGCAGCGCGGAAGCAGGAGAUCAUCAAGAUCACGGAGCAGCUCAUCGAGGCUGUCAACAGCGGGGACUUCGAGGCCUACGCGAAAAUCUGCGACCCAGGCCUGACCUCGUUUGAGCCUGAAGCUUUGGGCAACCUGGUCGAAGGGAUGGACUUCCACAGGUUCUACUUCGAGAACUUGCUCGCCAAAAACAGCAAGCCGAUCCACACGACCAUCCUGAACCCGCACGUGCACGUCAUCGGGGACGACGCGGCCUGCAUCGCCUACAUCCGCCUCACGCAGUACAUCGACGGCCAGGGCCGGCCCCGCACCAGCCAGUCCGAGGAGACGCGCGUGUGGCACCGGCGCGAGGGCAAGUGGCAGAACGUGCACUUCCACUGCUCAGGAGCGCCCGUGGCCCCGCUGCAGUGAGGAGCCCGACGGAUCAUGUUUGGCGCCGAGCCGCCCUCGGCUCGCGGCCUGCCUGUCGCAUGUUUGUGUCUGCCUCUUCCUCCCCUGGUGCCUGUGUCUGCAGAAAACCAAGACCAGAGUGGUUUCUUUUUAAAAACAAGAUGACAGCAACCACCACAAAAAAAGAAAAAAAAAUAUGUUGGAUGAAAUGGGAAAAAAAACCUAAACAAAGGAAAACGCUGUAGAAAUGACUGGCACUGGGCGGGCCUGCGCCUGCCGGCCACUCUGCACCGAGCUCCACUUGUCUGUCUGCUCCGGGCCUCCAGCCGGGCGGCGCACUUGUCCACCGGGCAGGCCUGUUGCCCUCACGUGUUUGUUCGAUGGGGCCCGCCCCCCACCCUGCUGGCGGUGGGUCGUGUCAGGUGUCGUCUGGGGGGCUGCAGGCCACGGCCUGAGCGCAGCUGUUCCCUCUGCUUCUUUUCCCUUCCUCUACCCCCCCCCCCAAGGUGGGUGUGGGCUCCUCCCGGGCCCGCGCCCCGAUGCCCCAACGUGGACGGGCAGUGCAGAGGCCAGGCCCACCCCGGGGAGGAUGCCUGUGAGAAGCUCUGAGGGCCCAGGCUGGCUCUGCUCUGCCCCCCUGCCAGAGGCAGGAAGUGCAGAUGGGUGCAGCUAGCUUCAGACUCGGGGGGCGGCUACCCUUGGCAGCAGCCCUGUGGGGAGGGGACCCAUGGGCUGGCCUCCCUCCUGUCCAUGGGGCGUUCCUCCGACACAGGGGGACGUGGGCUGGAGGGCCCAGGGCUCAGGGCUUGGUCCUGAUGCAGGAAGGAGGGGUCAGAGGGGGUGGGGGCUCCCUGGGCUCCAGGCCACUGCAGGGGUCCGGGCCCAAGGCAGUAUGCUCUGGGGGCAGGGCAGGGCAGGGCAAGCCAACCACUUGCCAGGCUUCAGGGGGCUGCAGUGUGACGGGGACCCUGAGUGGGAGGAGGGGGCAGGGCUCACUUCGGGGAGGCUCAGGGAUGGCCUCGUGGUCAGAUGGUGGCAGAGAGCAGCCAGGGGUGGGGGCAGGUCCCACCGGCCUGGUCACAGAGAUCUGGGAUCCUCCUGCCCCAGUACCAGGCACUCUUCAAUUCACAUUGUUUUCAACAAAGAUUUUUUUAUCUCCCCCCAAAAUCAACCCAAGGGAGGGGCAUAGGAUGGGAAACAGGACACAGGACCUGAUCUCCAAGGAGACUGUCCAUGCCACUCAGAGUGGACACUCACCUGCCCACCCACAGCUGUGCUCAGAACAGCUGUCCCCACCCGUGGACAUGGUAAACGUCUGCCUGGCCCCAUGGGCAUGGGCAGUGAGUGGCAGGGCUUGCCUCCCACAGCGUGUGCCUGGCCACUCUCGCCUCCUGGGGCCUCCUCCCACUCCUCCUCCUCUCCAUGGAACUGCCUGUCUGGGUUAAUUUGGGGAUUUUUUUCUGGGGGAUAGUUCUUUUGCAUGACCCCUACAAGCAAGCCACACCCGCUGUCCCAGCUUGAUGUCCAUGGUGUGGCCUCGCUGGCCCGCCCUGCAGGGGUCGGCGGCCGCGGUGCUGGCCGGCUUCCCUCCUCUCUUUUUGCUGAGUUUUGUUGUCUUUUCUUUCUGAGCCUUGUAAGUGUACAAAAAAUUAUUUUGUUCUGUCUCGGGAAACUGCAAAUAA